CGGUGUGUAAAAACUUCGGGGUCUCUCCCUUCAUUUCUCCUCCUGUGACAUCUAACCCCAAAGAGCAAAGCUUUGCCUCCCCGGCUCGGAAAGCGCGCUCCAAGCGCUUAUUGUCCAGUUGCGGAGCGUCGCGCGCACCCGUUCGUGCGUUUUCCCCUCCCCUGUGUUCUCCCGGAGAAGACGAGUGUACAAGCACACGGAGGAGCAGGUCUGCGCGGAAAACACACGGACUGCUUCGGUGCCCAUUCGUGAAGUUCCCGUCUUGUGCGAGCGGCGCCUUCUGCUGGAGUGGAGGCGAUGAGCAUGUGCGGCAGGAAGGCCCUGACGCUGCUCAGCAGUGUGUUCGCCGUGUGCAGCCUCGGCCUGCUGGGCAUCGCCGUCAGCACGGACUACUGGCUCUACCUGGAGGAGGGCAUCAUACAGCCACUGAACCAGAGCACGGAGAUCCGCACGUCCCUGCACUCUGGCCUGUGGAGGGUUUGCUUCCUGGCAGGAAAAGAGAAAGGACGCUGCUUUACCAUCGAGUACGUCAUGCCCAUGAACGUCCAACUGACUUCAGACUCUACAGUCAGCGUUCUGAAGAUGAUACGCUCAGCCACUCCGUUCCCACUGGUCAGCCUCCUCUUCAUGUUCGUCGGUUUUGUCCUGAACAACAUUGGACACAUUCGCCCCCACCGCACCAUCCUGGCCUUUGUCUCUGGAAUCUUCUUCAUCCUCUCAGGGCUUUCUCUGGUGGUUGGUCUGGUGUUAUACAUCUCUAGCAUCAAUGAUGAGAUUUUGAACAGGACUAAGACAAACGAAGCCUACUUCAGCUACAAGUACGGCUGGUCCUUCGCUUUCGCUGCCUUCUCCUUCCUGCUUACCGAGGCAGCAGGCGUGAUGUCUGUUUACCUGUUCAUGAAGCGCUACACAGCGGAGGAGCUGUACCGGCCACACCCGGGCUUCUACCGGCCACGCCUGAGCAACUGCUCCGACUACUCGGGCCAGUUCCUCCACCCUGAUGCUUGGGGCCGUGGCCGCAGCCCCUCGGACAUCUCCAGUGAAGCGUCGCUCCAGAUGAGCUCCAACUACCCCGCCCUGCUCAAAUGCCCCGACUAUGACCAGAUGUCCUCCUCCCCCUGCUGAGAUGGCUUUCUUGCAGAUGCAUGCACGCAUACACGCACGUGCACAAAUGUACAAGGCACACACACACACACAC